UUGUCUUUACCCACAAUGCACAGCGAAACAGCCACGUAAACCCAAAGAAUCAUCACCGCUGUCUGUUUUUGCUAGCUGCCUUUGCUCUCUGCAGUUUUGUAGCUGCAUAUCACAGAUAUCCACAUGACGCUACACUCGUUUACCAGGGCAUCAGUGAGAUUACCAGAGCUCUAAGAUGUCGAUGGUGUUAUUUGCUUCUGUUGUUCGGGUUGGGGAUGGCUUGCCUCUCUCUGCAUCCACUGACUAUGAGCAGGACAAAGAGCUUCAGGAAACCAAGAGGCAUCUCAAAGGUCUUUCCAAGAAACUCAGCCAGUUCCCUGACCGCUGCACACUUAAGACUGGACCAUAUAAUGUCAAUUUCACAAGCUCACUGGGUGUUGGAUACCUGAUGGUUUGCACCGCAAAUUACCCCAACGUGCUGGCCUUCUGCUUCCUGGAUGAGCUACAGAAGGAGUUUAUCGUCACCUAUGACACCAAACGAAUCAGCAGCGCCGUGCGGCCAUACUCCUUUAUCGAAUUUGACACCUUCAUUCAAAAGACCAAACAGCGCUACAACAGCCCACGUUCCCUGUCCACCAAGAUCAACCUGGCUGAUAUGCAGACAGAGAUCAAACUGCGACCGCCUUACCAGCUGUCCCCUGAGGACCUGCGGGCUAUCAAUGGAUUCUCAGUGCACAUGCCCUCUAAAUACAAGGGCAUAGCUCCCACACAGAUGUUGGAGCCUGUGACUCUCUCAGGCAUCGUGUCCUGUGUGCUAAGUGUCCUCUGUGGAGGCCUGAACCUGCUGCGAGGAGUCCACGCUAUAGAGAGCAUACUACAGAAUGAUGAUGAAGACUUUAAUUACGUGAUUGCCUUCUUCCUCGGCACUGCAGCCUGUCUGUAUCAGUGCUACCUGUUUGCCUACUUCUCUGUGUGGAGGAACAGUAAGUCCUUCCUGGCAUUUGCGCUCAUCUGUCUGUCCAACAUGUAUCUGUAUGAACUGAGAAACAUGUGGCAGAUCCUCUUCCAUGUGGCAGUGGGGGCCUUCAUGACCCUGCAGAUCAGACUGAGGCAACCGUUGGGAAAAGCACCAGACUACAAUGUCUGAUGAAAACUGAGAACACAAAGGACCAAUUGGACCUUGAUCAGAUGUCUCACACGUGCCCUGAAAAUGCAGCAACGACUGCCUUGGCCAGCCCGAGAACAAAGUGGAAACAAAAUAAAACAGUCCUCCCGGUUCAGAUAAAGAAACCGAAAAUCCUGAAGAACCACAGUGGUCCUGUUCACUUCAUCUCGGCAUAAGUGGACAGUGACAGAUCUCAGUGUGGACUUGGAACUUAUUGAUUUUGGGAGUUGUCUACUGCUCACCAUUGUCUGAAUAAGAUGUUUACUUUAUUUAAGAGCAGCAAUAGUUCAGGUCAGAGUCCUGCAUAUGUGCAGUUUUACAAACCCCAACUCAAACUGCAUCCCCCACUAAUAACCAAAUACACAGGUGAUACACUUUUUGCACCAAAUUUUAGUAAUGGAAACCCCUACUUUAAUUAAAGAAUCACCCGUUCUUUAAUUAAUUAUCACAUAUGUUUCUGUUUACACAAAGCAUCCGUACAUGAACUUUACCAAAAAAUAAAUAAAAUGUUGCCUAAAACAAACAAGAUUAUGAUUUAAACCAGGUGAUAGCCAAUCAAAUUGAGACUAAAAUGCAGCACACAUCAGCCACAUCACAGAGGAUUGAAUCACUCCACAUGCAUAACUCACACCUGACAUGUUGAUUUAUGUCGCAAAUGUGGUAAAAUGCAUCCUUUCUGGAGAGCCUAUGAGUGUUAAAUCUGGAAAAAAGUACAGUGUUUUGUUUUUUUUUCCCCUCCCUGGAUGCAGUGUGCUUGGUCCUUAAGAAUUUGACCAGAAAUUGGGUGACAGUUUUCCAGACACAUUUCUGGUUGUUCCCAAACAUUACUGCAGCUCAGCCAUAUCCAGCCAUAUUAAUUCCUUGAGCUAAGCUGAAGGCUGGGCUGAAAGGAUGUUUAACAGCAUGUGGCUGAAAUGAAAUGUGGGGGUCACUGUUUUAAGGAACCCUGUUCAACAUAGUUACAAAGGACUCAUAAAAUUACUUAAGGAAAGAUUAAAUGUAUAGACUGCAAGACUGGACAUUGGCUUCAGUGUCUUGAUCAGUUUUUAUAUCUUCCCUUGCCCUGUUCACGGUUUUUGCACAUGUACCUAUGUGUACCUGACCUGGUGCAGGACUCUGAUUUAGGUCUUGGUUUGAAACUAUGCAAUGCUGCUGUAUGUGUAUGGUCCUUGCUUUAGUUUUUUGGUGUAUUGUGUGUUCAGGAGCCAAUGGUUUGCAUAUAUUUGUCAUUUUGUUGACAGUUGUUGUUUAUUUACUGACUUGUUCAGUGGCUUGAGUUCAGUGUAGAUUUAUACAGAUUUUAUUUGUUUAAUUGAUUAUUUUAAAAUUGCUCCUUUUUGUUUGUUUGUUUGUUUUAACUAGUGUCAAGCUUGUCACAAGUAACUCCUGCUCCAGUAGACACAAACAGCCUGUUAGCAUUUAUAUCAUACUGCCUCACCCACACAGCCUCAAGCAUAUGCCAGUGUCAAGUGACUAUGUUAAUAAACGGGUCUGUGUUGGCAGUGGUAAAGAUGCGUGGCUGUGCUGUCAGGGCCAGAGGCAGCCCACAUCAUCUGAGCGGCCUCUGGUGCCCCAGACCCUCCGUUCAGUCGUGGUUGCACCUGCCACUUAAGAAGACAAAACCUCACCCUCUGCCUUUGUAGUGGAUAUUCGCACAGUGUUCAUAUUUAACAGAAUUACAGUCAGGAGAUGCCACGUUCAUCGUCAUUAGGCAGUGUGACAUUUGUUCAGGGAAUUAUGGGAAGAUUUCUUGGCUUCCUGCAGAAUCUCAACAAAUAAUAGCAAACAAAUAGAAAGGAGUAGAGAACUGAGUCAUGCGCCUUUAUUGUUCAUUGUUCACAAGUAGCUCAGCAGUUGUGCCAAGAUUGUCAUAAAUUCUUUUUAAAAACUGUUUUCUCUCCCUUUCUCACUGGAAGAAGUGAAAAAGAAAAGGAGUAGAGCCACGCAGCUCCAGUCCAUGUCCAUCUGGCAUCUGCACUACAGAUCUGUCGGGGGACUGCUGCAACACUUCAGCCUCGUAUGAUUCAUCAUCUCUCUGAAUGUUCUCAGCUUUCCAACAGCGGUACCACACCUACAUGACCUAAUAGCUCUUUUCACAAUAUGGCUCAGAUUGGACUGGAUCUGGAUCGAGGCUCAGAUUGUUUGUGUUCACAUUCUCCUCUUCCACAGCAGUUACAGUAAAUGUGUAGUGUGGGUGUGUUGUGUACAGUAGGAAGAGUGAAAUUCAAGGCUUUUAUACUGGUUUAUCCAAGUAUGGAAAAUGAAUGUGAUCAGUUCCAGGUCAUUAAAACUUGGGAAUGAACUGCUGAAAACAUA